AUGAAGCCCGCCAGCCUCCCUCGAACGUUUGGACUUCUGGUCACAUUUGCCGCCAACAUGAACCUAGCCGCAGCACAGGUCGCCUGUGCAAUUACCCAGCGACCAAGUUCUAGCCCCCAAGCAUUCAACAGAGGCGAAUCCACAAUUGAUACAAAUGGAACCACCAACUAUGCUGAAGUGUAUUACCAGUCGGAACCUUACGCUGGAUACGUCGAUUGGGAGUUCACCACCACCAGUGAGAACGGUCCGCUAGAUAUGAAGGUGUUCAGCACUAUGGCGGACAGGAUUAUCGCGUGCUACAAACCGCCCCAGUCUGAGACCUGCGUCUGGCUAGACCCGAAAUCAGGUUGCUCUACGGAAGCGCCUAUCACUGGGGAUAUGCCGUCCACGAUUGACGAAUUCUCGGUUUACCUGGCUUAA